GUGAGGAAGAACAGCUAGUAUCUAAAACCCUUAUACUUGGGAAGAGUCUUUUGCCUCAGAGUCACUUCCGUAAUUAAUCAUUCGUGCCCACCCCCGCCUUGUCGGUCUCCAGCCGAGAGCAUGUGGCCUCUUCAUGUUCUUUAAAACAACAACACCCCAACAGGCGCAGAUGAUUUGGGUUCGUCUUCGCUGAAGCAAAAUUGAGGGAAAAACGACAAAAAAAAUAAGCAACCACCGUUCGUUAACCUGUUUAUUAAUAGGGGAUGAAGAACUUGUCCCCGACUUUACCUGGGAGGGAGGAAAAAGAGUGAAACCUUGGAAGGAAGUGCUUGUGUACUCCUAGGUGAUCUCGGUUUUGAAUGUGAGCCUGGAUAUUUUGCAACGGGUAGUCUGCGCUUGUGAAGAAAAACUGGCUGGAUCUUACCUAUUGUUUUUUUGCUUCAGUUGAAAAAAAUUGUUGACUCAAAAUGGAAUUAGGAUUCUGAUUUGUUCAAUUGCUUUUCCAUUUCAAAUAUUUCUGAAGACAAUUCUGAAGUAAAAUUGAGAGAAGAGAACCCAGUUUGAACGGCUUAUGAACUUCUGGUGCCCCCUUUCAAUUCAAGACUGCAUUUUGGAAUAAUUUUUGCCCAUAUGGAAUGGACAAUUUUAUAAACUUCUUAGGUUUUGCGUGCUAUUUUGAAAACAUAUUUUUACUUUCUAGACCAAAAAUUGUAGGUGAGACUGAAAUGACUUGUGUUGUGAACUAGGCCUGCAAGAGUAAAUUAAAUGUAGCUUCUGAUUACUCUUGAAUACUAUUAUUUCCAUUUUGAAAGCCUCCCAUUACUUUUUUUUACAAUGAAAUGUGAUUCCUAAAUGAAGAAACUAAGACCUUUAUUGUCCAUUUGAAUUUUUUACUAUUUUUAAAUGUAAAGAAUAUGGGUAUAUUGAGAUAGCUGCUGUCUGCAGGUGCCUGAAGUAAGCAAUGUAUUUUGCUUCGAAUGCAGUUUGACUUUUCAGUUCUGCUGUUUCUGUUAUAAAAACUUUAUUUAUUUUUUCUAGAACUGAUGUUCAUGAUAGUGAAAUAUAGGUGGAAUCCAAAAGUGACAAGUUAUCAAAAGGCAAGACGAGCCGUUAAAAACAUAUUUGUCUGAUUUCUGAAAAUAACUUUAUGGAGUCCUCAAAUGUGAAGAAUGGGUAGCUGAUUUCCAAAGAUCACCUUUAUACUGUGUGUCUACAGAUGUAGUAUCUUUAAGGAACUCAGGAUAUUCGAGGGGAGCAAACUGGAAAAUACAAAUCACAAACCAUUAAUGUCAGUCUGUGCAGUUCUGUUGGAUUUUGUUUGUUUUCAACAGAAUCCAGCACUGCCUCAAAGAAUAUAUGAUAUGGACAAAGCAACCUAGUUCAGAACCCUUUGCCAUGAGAUGCUGAAGCCUUGUUUAGCUGGUUUGGAGAGACUGGACCUAAAUGGCGCAGCAUGACUUUGCUCCAGCCUGGCUUAAUUUUCCUACUCCACCAUCAUCGACAAAGACAUCACUGAAUUUUGAGAAACAUUCUGAGAACUUUUCAUGGACAGAUAAUCGUUAUGAAAUUAACCGCAGGCGGCACAACUCUUCUGAUGGUUUCGAUCCUUGUAGUGGGCGUUCAAAUGGAGGGCAUUUUGGAAGAAAAGAAAGAAAUGGUUGGCGUUCUCAAGGCAGAAAUGGCACGGAAAACACAAAUCACAGAGGGGCAUACCAUAGUGCAGGUUCACGUGCUCGCACCAGCAGCUUUCAGUCAGGAAAAAGCCAGGGGUUGCAUGAAAGCAACACAUCUGAAUGUGGGAGUUUGAAAAAGAAAGAAAAAGAAGAACCCAAACAAUUUGAAGCUGAAGAUUUUCCAUCCUUGAACCCUGAAUACGAGAGAGAACCAAACCAGAAUAAAUCAUUAGCUGCAGGUGUUUGGGAAUAUCCUCUGAAUCCUAAAUCUAGAUCUCCACGAAUGUUGGUUAUUAAAAAAGGCAGUACAAAAGAUUUACAGAUAUCUGGAUUCCCUGUGGGAGGAAACGUUCAUUCACAGUCAGUCAAAAAUGGAACUGGUACAAGCGUCUAUAAAGGUUUUGUUCCAAAACCUGUCAUUCCACCUGUGAAGACUUCACAAUGGAAAUGUCAGACAAGAGAAAAACUUGGUUCUUCAUUUCCUCAUGAUUCUACAUAUGGUAUUGGAAAUUUUAGUACUUUCAAAUCUACUGCCAAGACUGUGGGAUCACAGAAUUCAGUGAAAGAGUGUAAUCGGUCAAAUUCUUCAUCCCCUGUUGAUAAACUUGGCCAGCCCCGCUUAACCAAAUUGACUCGAAUGCGCUCUGAUAAGAAGAGUGAAUUCCUGAAGACACUGAAACGUGAUCGUGUGGAAGAGGAACACGAUGAGAAUUGUGUUGGGCAAGAAAAGGAUGAUGAUGAUGAAUUUAAUUUACACAAUAGUAGCAGUGGUCACUCAGAGAGGGAUAUCAACCGUAAUUUUGAAAACGAAAUUCCUCAAGAGAAUAGAAAAUCUGCAGUGAUAUCUCAGCAGAUCAUCCGAUCUUCAACGUUUCCUCAGAAUGAUGUCCUUUCAAGCUCACUUGAAGCAGAGCAUCGAUUGUUAAAGGAGAUGGGUUGGCAGGAAGAUAGUGAAAAUGAUGAAACAUGUGCUCCACUAACUGAGGAUGAAAUGAGGGAAUUUCAGGUCAUUAGUGAACAGCUACAAAAAAAUGGCCUUAGAAAAAAUGGUAUUCUAAAAAACGGCCUCACCUGUGACUUCAAAUUCAGCCCCUGGAAAAACAGCACUUUUAAACCAUCGCUUGAGAAUGAAGACACAGAGACGAGCAGCAGUGACACAUCAGAUGAUGAUGCGGUGUGAAAGUUGCUUGAGUCUUUGAAGAUUUCUGCUUGGUACCUUGUGCAAUGUCAGAAGGAAUCUUUCAGAAGAGGUGGAGAACUGUAAUUUUUACACAGUGAUAUUACCCACUAGAGGAAGGUUCUUUGGGACUCCUCAUGAAGAAUUUAAGAAUGUUGUGCUGAUGAACUGUUUUUGAACAUGACUGUUAAUUUCCCUGUAAAUGGAUGUUGUAGAAAAUGAGGACUCUGCCCCAACAUUGACUUUAUUCAUCAGUGCAGGAUUUCUCUGACUAGCAACGUGGCAAUGUAAGAGAAUGAAUGAGGUUUUCUCAUUUAAUAAUAAAAAAAUUAUGUAACAUUUGGCAAAGUUUUUGUCUUAAACCUGUGCAGGUCUAAGGGAGAAAAGGGCACUUCAACACAGUGUGUUUCUUAUUGCAACAGCUUUAUUUUACAGUAAAAAUCUCCAGUGUUCACUUUGUGCACAGACAGUAAUGUAGCAUGUUGGCUAAAAAUGACAAAAGUGCACUAAAACAUCAAUUUCUUAAACUGUUACAAUUGUUCCACUUCUUGAAACAUACCAGUAAUUCUUUAGUGGUUUGUACUUCAGUAAUUAUGGAAAGAUCUGCUUCAUUUCCAAAAUUCACAGAAGUGGUGUAAAUCAAAAGCUUUAUUUGGAUGCUGCAAGACCCAGGAAUCUGGAUCCUCCACAAUGGGCACUGAUUCUUGUGGGGAAAAUAAACAUUAUUUUGAUAAAUUAA